AGCCAGCUCUCGUUCUCGUGCAAUAUUUGUAAACAGAAUUAACGUCAUCGCCUUGAAGCCUGAGAACUGGAAAUUUUGUGUUGAUGUAAUUGUUUUUGAAAGUUGAUUAAUACAUUUGGUGUUUGUGUUGGUCCUCCAUGGAUAAGAAAUAUGGCAGAAGCAAUGGCUAAAGGAGACACCUCACCACCCUUUAAAAAAUUGAGGUCAGAUGACUGUAGUAAUGCAGUUGAUAGCACUACCGACAAGAGUUGUGAUAGGGUAGAGGCCACUAGCGGAGAGGAGGAAAUAUUUUCGUCUUUUGAAAAUUUUGAGAUAAUACGUGUCUUGAAUAACAGUGAGGAACACAAAUCAGUGGCUGUAGAGGGACGCCUCCAAGGCAAAGAAGGCACUGUUGUUGUCAUGCUCCAGAAACUUCCUUUCAAUGCUGAUAAACUGCAAGAAAUAUUCACUGGUUCUACUAAUUUGAAAAUGAUAUUUCAAAAUGAUGUUUAUUACAACAAGUUAGCAUUAUUACCACCAGAGCUUAAUGAAGUGAGAGCCAAUAUUAUCUACCCAGCCGAAAAGAAGCACAUUCUUCGUUUUGAAAAACAACCAUCAUCAUCCAUUGAUGAGACUCCACAGUUGUACAAAGAGGUUACUAAGCCUUUCAUAGAGUCAUCAUCUUUCAGUAAGGAGUGGAUUUAUAACAUCCUGGAACACAAAAAAGAAGCAGACCGCAUCGUUUUUGAAGAUCCCGAUCCCGACCUUGGUUUUAUUCUGCUGCCAGACUUGAAGUGGACUGGAGAACAAAUGGAAGAUCUCUACCUGCAGGCCAUUGUUCUUCGGCGGGACAUCACAUGCUUGCGUGACUUAAGAGGACAUCACAUUCCUCUUCUUAAAAAUAUAUAUUAUAAAGGCACAGAAGCCAUCAAGGAGAAGUAUGGGUUGCCGUCGUAUAAGCAGCGCAUAUACCUGCAUUACCAGCCUUCAUUCUAUCAUCUACACGUUCACUUUACAGCCCUCUCCUUUGAAGCUCCAGGAACAUGGGCAGGUAAAGCACAUCUCCUGUCAUCUGUGAUCAGCAACUUGGAAACGUGUGGAGACUACUAUGAAACAGCUGUGUUACCUUUCACCGUGAAAGACAAUCAUCCACUAAGAGCCAAAUUUGAAGAGAAAGGAUGUUCGUGCAUCUUGAUUCCCUACUGUCCCUAGUGGUCAUUUGGCCCUCUAUAGAAUCCUUGGUGAAUCCGAUACCUUUAAUAACACUCGACUUGUAUGCUUUUGUUCUUGUAUUGGCAACCACAGUGAUAUUUAGUGCCUUUUGAAUAUGCAGCAACACUGGAGGUGUUACAUGGUCUCCCCAGCUUGGUGCCCUCUUUUGAUAAUUACUUAAAUGUCCCUUUGAGUCACUUGUCCACUAAUAAAAUCCUUGUAAAAUCCAAUUCAUUGACAGCAUUAGUCUCUGCUUUUGAAUUAAUAUUCCAAAUAUCUCUGAAUUUUUAUUUUCCUGUUCCACACCACAGACAGUAAGACGGUAGUUAUCAAAAGAAGGCGCCUAGCCGGGAAGACUAUGUAGCCCCAUCAAAUGUGCGAGAUAUUCAAAAGGUACUAAAUAUCACUAUGGAUGCCAAUACUAGAACAAAAAGUGCGUAAGGCGAACAAUAUCAAAGAUAUCUGAUUACAUCCCUUCUACCUCGCUCCUCCCUAUAUGGAGCAUCUGGCACCAGCAAGAAUUACAUAAGAUGGAAGGGACAUGUUAUCAAAAGUGAUCUUCACUAUGCGAAGAGACUGACAACCACGACCGCAGAGUGGGUCAAAUGAGUGUAUGAAAAAAAAUCUGGAGGAUAGAAUUGCCUUGGGCCUUGAGGAUAUAUUUAAUAUCCGUAUGGCAGUCUCGGUUCUCUAUCACCAAUCGCAACUUGGUGCAGGAGAAUAACUGUGCCAAUGCUGGCAUUUAACUGGGCAUUUUUUGAGAUUCGAACAGUGCGGGGAGGGGGAAGGUCUUCAACGUAGAACUAAGCCAAGCAUUCAGACGCUUCCCAAAAAGGGGCUGCAACAACAUGUGUACCAGUAAAGUUGAAGUUAGUGACAAAGGUAUCCACCGAAUCAAUUUGGGGUUUAUGGAUAAUACAUCGCCAGGAUGUGUAGGAUCAACAUAACUGAGAUCAAAAUAUUUAGCCCACUUAGCUGGACCAAACAAAGCUUGGAAUGUAUUAGAUUGGGAAGGAAUCAUGCGAGUGCAGAGGUGACGGUGAGGUGCUUGGCACCUCACUGGGGGUGCCAAGCACCCCCAGUGAGGAGGAGAGGGGAGUUAAAAGACGCAGUCGUUACAACGAGAGAGGGACCCAUUCAAGGUGGUCACCACUGGGGGCUUGGGGUUGCAGAGGUGGGAAGGGAGCUGAGAGUCAGAGAAGCAGCUUGCUUUGGGCUUAAUGUAGCGGGAGCUAUAGAGCCCAGCCUUUCAUCGGUCUGACUCGGGGACCUGGUCACCCACCUUACCCUUACAAGUCUAAGAAGUUGAAUGAGGGUCAGAUAUUGGCAUAGAAACAAACAGGAAUAGAUAUUUUAUCCACGAAUGAGCCCUCCCCCCAUACCCACCAUGGAGUCACAAUUGGAGAAUAGGACACCUGACAAGACGGGGGCCCCUCCAGGGGUCCAUCAUGGCUAUACACCCUGCAAUCGUCUCCUUAAAAACAGUCAGUCCAUUGAGAUUGGGCUCAGCAACAAAGGCAAAGUUUAACAAUAAAAAUGUCCCCUCGCUCGACAGUGUCGGGUACCACAGUUUUAUGGGCGAGUGUGUGCGCCUCCCCAAACACCCGGUGUCGAAGCAAAAGAAGACAUCGGAAAGAACAUUAAAAAGUCGGCAGGCAGGAACAAUCGGAAAGGAGAAGAGGUGGGGGAGGAAAUAUGAAACAUGAAGAGGAAAAAGCAUCCAGCACAAUUAGUGAAGACAGAAGCAUAAGGCUUUAAAAGGACAGGACAUGCUGUCCCAUGGAGCAUCACACUCCGACAGCCGCCCACUGACCCCCUCACGACGACAGCAGGCUGGAUAGGGAGGGGGACUACAGGUGAUGUUAAAUAGUCUUCAGGCUUGGUGCUUACUUCUCACAGUUACUAAUUGGAAGGGGGCUUGGUAGAUGGCUGCCAGUGUGUGAUGCUCAAUAGGAUAGGCAUUUCAUCUGUCCUUUUUGUGCCAUGUGCUCCUGCAGUCUUCUUUACUAAUUUUGCUUGACACCUUUUUCUCUUGUUUCUUUCUUCCCUUGCCAGUUCUACUUUCUGGAUGAAGCUUCCUGAUGAUUCGGUUUCGAUCUCGAAUAUUCUUUUGUUUGAGAUAUGUUCUGAUGGAGGGUGAGUUAAGAUGGUGCGCACACUCACCCAUGGAACUGGGGUACCUGACGUGUUUGAGCAAGGGAAGCUUUUAUGUCAAACUUUCGUUGACAUCAAACACGCUUCAUUGCUUAACCUGAUCAUUACAAACUGACAGUUCUUAAGGUAAUGAUUGCAGGGUGUAUAUCCACAAUGCAUCCCCCUGGGAAGGCCCUGUUCUGUCAGGAUCCCUGUCCUCUAAUUGAGGGUAAUUUUGUUUGUGUUCAUUCUAUGCAGAUUUCAAAUCCUCUUAUUUCCCAUUCUAAGACAAGUAAGGCAGGCGACCAGGCCCCAGAGUUGAUCUGUGAUGGAAGGAUGCUUCAUAGCCUUGACUAUGCUGAUCCCAGACCCGGCUACAUCUCUGAAUAUCCCUAUUGACACUCCACGCUCCUUUCCCACUUCUGUGGCUGGGUUGUGCUCCAACCCCCUUGUGGUGACUACCUCGCUCCUCUGGGUGCGCCGUUCAUCCCUCACCUUCACAGAGGUCCUCGGCACAGUUACCAUGCUCGCGCACGAUCGCUUCCUGCUUACGCUGCUACAUUCCAGGAUUUGUAUGGCAUAAUACAUAUCCUCUACAUGGUCUAUGUAUUAUGAUCUUCGUCCCGGCGAUCAUAUCUGUCCUGAUGUGUAUAUCCAUAGACACUUGGUUGACUCUGGAUUCCCAGGUUACUUUUAACCCCACUCGGACUGGCACACGUGUAAACAGUCGCUCGUCUUGCUACUUUGACCUUCCGUGGUGAAACCCCAGUUCGGUUCAGGUGUCCGAAAAACACCAUUUAAUGCCAGCAUUGACAUUGUUGUUCUCCUGCACCAUGAUGCAACUGGUGAUCGUAACCUCAAAGACUACUCUAAGGAUAUUAAAUAUAUCCAACUCAGGGAUUCUCUAUCCAUAUUGACUCCUUCACUUGUCCCCCUUCAUGGUCAUUGUCUUUGUCCUCUUGUUAUUGUUAAGAUCACUUUUGAUUGUAAGGGUUUAAGGUGUAAACUCCUACAAUUGUCCACAAUUGUCCUCUAAUUCUUGCAAGGGCCAGAUGCUCUGUUCAGGAGUACAUCCAGGAGUACUCCAUGCCAUUGCAAGAGGUGUUGAAAAUUUGAACAUGAUCCUAUGAAAUCCACUAGCGAGAUGUCAUUUUUUCCUUUGUGUGGAGACCCUGAUCAUUCUAAGACUGUGCUCUUCUUCCCAAGCUUGCUGCAUUCACUGUAAUGAGGCCCAUCCCCACACAUGCAUGCACUAAGUGUGAAUAGGCCAUCCUCAAUAUAAAACAUCGUGAACGUAUAUUUUUCCCUGAGGCAGGACGUCACGUCCGCUGUCUUACCCUUUUCUCCGACAACAUAUGCUCAUGCAUUACAUUGCACUUCCCUUUAUCAGUCCCGUAGUCGUUUCCAGGCCUUGAACCUUGACACUCCCUCCCCAUCUUCAGCUCCUCUGCGAUCUCACGCCAAGGGUGUUUCUCGUGGUUUACUGACCGGUAUCUACCUUCCAGUCUUCUGCUACCCUUCAUCUUAGUGGAAUUACUUCACCUCCAUCUACUGUGGCCUACAGCUUUAGUCCCCAUUUUUCUUCUCAGCCUUCCCAUAAUGUCCAACUUUUUCUGACCAAUAUUUGGUACAUAAUUUUCUGAGACGUCCUUGUGUCCACUCUAGUUCGCCACCCGAAACCACUACUGGCACACCCAUGUCUCUCGCAGUCAGAAACACUGACUUCCUUCCCACACCCAUUUUCCACUUCUGACUGUCCCACCUUCUCAACCAUAUUGUCUUUGCUAGAUUUACCUAUAUACUUCCUGCUGAUCCUUUCUAAUUUGCCAUUCUUUGUCUUAGUUUUUUUUUCUUUUUUUCUUUUUUAAUGUUUUAUCUGUUCUUGACUAUUUUAUACAUUUUUAUGCCAAUUUCUAUAAACUCCAACUUCUGAUCUGUUUUCACUGCUUUGUGUAUGUCUCCAGGAGCUGAUGCUAGGCACUUACCCUGGUCACUUCUGCAGUUAUUCCUCUCUCUCUCUCUCUUACCCUCCAGUUAUGUUGGGACCCCUAACUGUUUUCUUGGUUCGAAAUGAAAUUCAUUUUGACCCUCUGCUCUUUCAUUCAAACAUUCAUUCCUCUGCUGCCUGUAUCUUUGUGAGUAAAUGGUACAUAGUUCUCCACAUAUUCCCCCUUUCUUCUUAAACACCUGUUGGACUCAUUACUGGAGCUUUUGCUCCAUUUUGGAUAUUUUAACUGUUGGCAUGCUCUCUGGGUCAACUAUCUGAAAAAUAUGAUGACCAAACCACACACCAGCAGAUGAGACGACGACGUUUCGGUCCGUCCUGGACUUUUAUCGAUUGUGAUGGGAGUGACGGAGGCAUGGGCAUUAAUUAAGGCAAGAAGUACAGAUGAAAUAGGUGUAACAAUGGGGUGAAGGAAAACAGGAAAGUAAGAAUAAGAGGAG